AUGCAGUACUACAGUGUCAUCGCAUUGUCCGUCAUUUCAUCGGUGGCUGCCGCCGACCUGAACAUGUUCAAGCCGAAGAUGACCCACGACAAAUUCAUCAAUUCCAUUCCGGAGUGUGCUCGCGAAUGCCACUCCUGGGCACUUGGCAACAACGGCUGCUCGUUGGAUGACUUCGAUUGCCAUUGUCAAAAGAAGGAUGCCACUGACUCCAUGAUCAAGCCUUGCCUGAGGAAUGGCUCAGCGUGUGAUCCUGGUCGAUUCAACAAGCGCACCGGCAAUGAUGCAGACUACGGCUACAACGAUGUGUGUGCCCCGCCUGUCGCAACCAUGUCCUGGGAGCAGCCCAAACAAACUCCCUCGAUGACUUGGGGAAAGCCAUCCAAAACUCCCUCCAUGACUUGGGAGAAACCAUCUAAGGCUCCAUCCUCGAUCUUGCAGAAGCCGUCGAAGACUCCCUCUAUGAGCUGGGAGAAGCCCAAACAGACUUCCUCGAUGACGUGGGAGAAGUCAACCAAGGCCUCCUCCAUGACUUGGGAGAAGCCAUCUAAGGCUCCCUCUAUGAGCUGGGAGAAGCCAUCAAAGACCCCCUCUAUGAGCUGGGAGAAGCCAUCUGAGACGUCUUCUAUGAGCUGGGAGAAACCAUCCAAGACCCCAUCCAUGAGCUGGGAGCAGCCAUUCGAGACUCCCUCCAUGAGCUGGGAGAAGCCAUCCAAGACGCCAUCGAUGACAUGGGAGAAGACCUCUGAAACUCCUUCAUCGACUUGGGAAAGCACUAUGGAGACUCCUUCCUGGGAGAUGUCCUCAUCCUGGGCCGAAGAGACUUCCUCUACGAUUCACAUGUACACGUCUGAGAAGCCCAUGCAAACCCCAUCGACUCCAUCUUACCAAUACGGCCACAACCACACGAGCAUGCACAUCCACAGCUCUGAGAAGCCCAUACAGACCACAUCUACUCCUGCUUACCAUUACGGCCACAACCACCCAAGCAUGGCUGCAGAGUCAAGCCACUGCACCAAAGAUUGUGUCGCCGUCACCGUUACAAAGCCAACCACCACCAUGACCGUCAUCGUCACCCCAGUGCCUAUGGGAUCUCCAGCCCCGUCUGCAUUCUGCCCUUCCGUCGGUGGUACCACAACUGUCACUGUAACUGCUACACGCAAGGUCCAGCCUACUGUGAUACCUGCCAUCGGCCGUCAGACCCCAAACAGCGGUGCGGCCCCGUUGGACGUGGCGCUGCUGGCGAUGUUCUUGGGUAUUGUCGGCUUGUGCUUCCUGCUAUGGUGA